UCCAUUUGAAUGAACAUUUUGAUUUUAUUCACUGGAGAUAUUAUUUUAUAAAUAUUUAUUGUUUGUUUAUAUUUAAUUAAAUUGUGAUCCGAGCGAAGCCGGGUACUUUUCUAGUCUAUAUAUAUAUAUAUAUAUAAGCUCCUGGAUUCACUCAUGGAUGUCUGAACUACUUUUGGGGUGGCUUUUCUUUGUGAAGAAAUCUCAGUUCUCUUCUUUUUUUCCUCUGAAGAAUCCCAAAGAAAAAAAAAAAAAGAAGAGAAAAAUGUCUUCUCCAAGCAAACGCCGAGAUAUGGACUUGAUGAAACUGAUGAUGAGUGACUACAAGGUGGAGAUGAUCAAUGAUGGCAUGCAAGAAUUUUAUGUUCAAUUCAAUGGACCAAAUGACAGUCCUUAUUAUGGUGGUGUGUGGAAGAUAAAGGUGGAUCUACCAGAUGCUUAUCCAUAUAAAUCUCCAUCAAUUGGCUUUGUAAACAAGAUCUACCACCCAAAUGUUGAUGAAAUGUCUGGCUCAGUUUGUUUGGAUGUCAUCAAUCAGACUUGGAGCCCCAUGUUUGAUCUAGUAAAUGUGUUUGAAGUGUUUCUUCCUCAACUUCUUUUGUAUCCCAACCCAUCAGAUCCAUUGAAUGGAGAAGCUGCUGCUCUUAUGAUGCACGAUCGUACAGCCUAUGAACAAAAAGUGAAAGAAUAUUGUGAGAAAUAUGCCAAGCCAGAAGAUAUUGGUGCAGCGGCAGAGGAGAAGUCCAGUGAUGAGGAGCUAACUGAAGAUGAAUAUGCUGCCUCGGAUGAUGAGGAUAUUGCUGGAAAACCUGAUCCUUAAAGAGAAUUGUCUGUGCUGUACACGAUAUUCAUCUCCAGGAAAAUUUGAACUGGACAAAACUGGGGGCAUAUUGAAAAAUUCCUGCCCCCCUUUCUGUCUUUAUUUUCCAUGAAUGUUGUGUAAAUUAUUUCACUGUUGUCUAAUAUUUCAAAUAUUCAUCCACUGUUAGAGAC